AUGGCCAAGAAGGUGCUGAGGAGUACUUCUACAUGGACCUCUUGCUUGCUUUCUGAUAUCCAUGUGCACCUUCCUUUUGAUGAGUUCAUGAUGGGCAUCCUUCGUGUCUUAAACAUCACUCCAACGCAGCUGCAUCCUAACAAUUGGGCUGCCUUACAAGCCUUCUACCUCUUGUGUGAAGCCCUACACGCCAAGUCUUUCUUUCUCACUUCAAUACCCGACCGACUUCUCCA